AUGAGAAAUCCGAACCUCAAUCAACAACCGUCACAGCAGGAUGAGGAGGCUAAUGAAGGAACCCCUUUGCUGCCUCCAGCGCCCAGUAGCGAGCCAUAUUCCGUGUUCACACCAACACAGAAACGCCUCAUAAUUCUGACAGCUGCACUGGCUUCGAGCUUUUCGCCUCUAUCUGCCAACAUUUACUACCCGGCAUUGAAUUCGAUUGCAAAGGAUCUGCGAGUCAGCCCUUCUCAAAUCAAUCUAACGAUCACGACAUACAUGUAUAGCUUUCCAGCGCUCCUAGCGUUUCGCGCCGUUCAAAGCUGUGGGAGCAGUGGCGCUGUGGCCCUUGCCUCCGCAGUAGCAGCCGAUAUCAUCACAUCUGCCGAACGAGGUAUGUAUAUGGGCUUUGCCUCUUUGGGGAAUAUUCUUGCUCCAUCCAUUGGGCCUAUUCUUGGGGGUGUCUUGAGUAAGUAUUUAGGCUGGCGAGCGAUAUUCUGGUUCCUAGCUAUUGCAGCUGUUACUUUCUUCAUGCCGUUGCUGUUCCUUUUUCCCGAAACGUGCCGUGAAAUUGUCGGGAAUGGGUCGACACCUGCAGUCGGAUGGAAUCGAACUAUGUGGAGUUACUUCCGGACGACCACUGCAGUGACCUCGCAUUCAUUGAAUGUGCCGAGUCGCGUUAAGAUUCCCAACCCAUGCUCAACCCUCCGUCUGCUUUCCCACCGACCUGUGGGACUUGUGCUUUUGGCGAAUGGAAUUGUAUUCAGCAGUUACUACGCCGUCACCGCUGGAAUUCCCGCCCUCUUCCAGAAAAAAUAUGAUCUAGAUGACUUGGGCAUUGGACUAUGCUUCAUUCCUGCCGGUCUGGGAUCAUUACUCAGUGCAACUGCCAAUGGAGUAUUCGUUGACUGGAACUACCGACGGGCCCAACGCAAUGCCGGUCAGAUGGUACACAGGAACCAAACGCAGGACAUUAUUGGAUUUCCCAUCGAAAAAGCGAGGCUACAGAUUGGCCUGCCAAUGACAAUACUUGCAGCUAUCUCAAUAACUGUUUACGGAGUACUGAUGACCUUGAAGCCACCACUUCUGGUUGCGCUCAUUGUGGUUUUCGUAAUUUGCUUCUGUAUUACAGCGGCGUAUAAUGUGAUGAAUAUUCUGAUCGUCGACUUGUACUACGAGACACCCGCUACUGCGAUGGCUGCUAAUAACCUUGUGCGCUGCUUCCUUGGCGCUGGUGCUGCAGCUGUGGUUAACCCUCUGAUCAAGUGGAUUGGUGUGCAAUGGACAUACUGUCUUGUUUCGGGCGCAAUUGCUCUGAUAACUCCGAUUCUGAGCAUUGUCUAUGUUCAAGGCUGGGAAUGGCGGAAGAAAAAAGCCGAGACUGAUGCACAACUGCGAACUGUACACGAGAGACCGUAG